AUGGAUGAACGUUCAAGGCUGCUUCAGCCUCCAGAAAACUCAAGACCGACAUCCGUUAAUUCCGACGCAUGGUAUUUUCGUUUUAAAGACAGUAAUUGGAUAGCGGCGGAAACGUACAAUACAUGGAAAGUCCCUGUCCUCUGCUAUACCUUUGCCUUGCUCGUGGACAUGGCUGAUGUCAUGCGGAUGACACCCAAAAUGCAGCUAUUCGAGACAAUAAUAUGCCACCAAUACUACCCCAAGCAUGGCCUGAAUAGUACAAUACCAGGCAUCUUGAGUGACCCAUGCAAGAGCAGCGAGGUACAGAGGGAGCUCACUGCUAUAAAAGCGCGAUUGAAGAUUAUUGAGAACAUAUUUGCAUUGAUACUUGCGAUACCGUUUGGGGACCUGGCGAAUAAAAAAGGCCGAAUUUUCGUUCUGGCUCUAGGACUCGUGGGCCAGAUGCUUUCUGAGAUAUGGAUUAUGGUAAUAAGCUCAGCUGGAGGCUCAAUUCCUUACAGCUCGAUAUACAUAUCAUCCAUCCUUAAAUCAGUCGGUGGCGGAGUGAUGGUCGUCUAUGCCAUUGUACAUACGAGUAUUUCUGAUGUCAUUCCACCAGGCCGGCGAGCACAGGCGUUUUUCUAUCUGUCAACCGCACUCCUUAUCACUGAAAUAGUUGCCCCUGCCUUCGGUUCCAUGAUGAUGCAAAAUUGGAAUGGGGGGGCGUUGCUUUCAAUGAUUCCUGAAACAGCGAAACUGGCACAGGCUGGAGAAGUCUCAGAGGAUGAUGAAACCGUUUGUGAGUCUGGUGCUGCCAGACCCAAAACCUCUAGUUUAUGGUCUGGUAUAAAAACUAGCACCAAACAUAUCCUUGCUCCCUUUGUUCUUAUCUGGAGAAUGGUUAGCGGGAACCGUGACGUUUUCUUUACUGCCAUUUCGUUCCUGGUAUUUGCCCUCCCGCGUGAAAUUCUCGAAUUCUUGGUCCAGUAUACCUCCAAACGAUUCAGUUGGAGUCUUGCAGAGGCAAACUAUCUGAUAUCAUUCAGAGCAGCCGUCAACAUCGGUCUGUUUCUCGUUGUGCUUCCUUUCCUGACCAAGUUUCUCGCCCAUCGGGGUAUGGAAUCUGCUCAAAUAGACUUGUGGAUUGCUCGAGGCAGUUCGAUAUUCAGCAUUAUAGGGCCUGUUAUGAUCGGUCUUUCUCCGUCGCCAGGAUCACUGGUUUUGUCUCUCCUCCUAUUCACCUUCUCAUUUGGCUUCCAUCCUGCCAUCAAGUCAUAUGCGACCUCGCUGGUAUUACCAGAGGACGUAGCAACCCUUUAUGCGUCGUUCGCUGUCAUUGGCAUCAUAGGAGCACUGGCAACCUUACCUCUAAUUGCAGUGACUUUCAGCCUGGGACUGAGAAUUGGGGGUGCUGGUCUGGGGCUUCCAUUCUUUGUGUCAGCGGCGCUCUUUCUAGUCUGUGUAAUAGGUUCUUUUUGUGCCUGGAUGCCAUACAGGCGUACAGAGCUUUAG